AUGAGUAAGCUGUGCAGGCAAGUAUCGAUAGAGUCUCCGGGGCCGGCCCUAAAGGAGUGUGUCUUCAGUUUUGAUGUACCAGUCCCCGAUGUUCCUAUGUAUGGAGCGAGAAUUAGGGUUGUAUACGCUGGAGCAUGCUAUAGGGCCCAUCGUACCCGGUCAGCAUCAGUAUGUAGUACAUCAUCUGUAUCAUCUAUUGGAAGCCUCUCCGGAGAGUUAGAGAGCUGUGGUUUUCAUUCAUCAACACCAUCUCACAUCGGUUUUCGCGAUGGAGCACUGUUCCCUGGAUACGAGGUAGCUGGUGUUGUCGACGCCAUCGGUAAAGCUGCCGAAACCGAUGGAAUAAGCGAGGGAGCUAGAAUCGUGCUCUAUCCUUACGAGGGGGUACCGCAUGGCUAUGCAGACUAUAUCGUAGUGCCAGACUUCAAAUGCCUUGUUCCCGUGCCAGACAAUUUGCCAUUGAGCAUCGCUGCAAUGCUACCGACUGGUGCAUUACUCGCAACGAAUACUGUGUACACGGCUUUAGAGAGUCUGAAUAAAAUCCUAGAGGGUCCCAACAAGAAAGAUAAGACGACAGUUCUAAUUGUAGGGACUGGUGGAUUAGCCUUGUGGGCUCUACGGAUAGCGUCUCAUUUCUUCAAACAGAGCCCACAUCACGAUAAAAUUAAUAUAUCCGUCGCGACAAUCAAAGACGAAGGAUUUGUCCUAGCGAAGGAGAGCGAAGAGGUAAAGGUAGUGCAAUGGUCUGAAGAUUUAUACGAACGCCAGUUGAUAGAGCGUACGACUGAUGCAUGUGGUGGCCCUGUUGAUAUAGUACUUAAUUUCGGAACUACGUCUCGAUCUUUACAUCGAUCACUUCAGUGUCUUGCACCAGGUGGAAUGGUCCUCGUUACUGAGGACGUUGGAGAGAAAUUAUUGCCGAAAUUUGCCAAAAAGGCGGAAGAUAUGAACGUCAGUAUCGUAGUUGUACCCAAUGGAACUAUUGAACAGCUGAGGGAAUUAGUUCAAUUGGUUGCCAAGGGAGAGAUUGAACCUCCACCACAUUCAGUUUUCCCCGCCGAAGAAGCGCAAGAAGUGGUGCGAAAACUUUGUAAUUCCGAGAUACAGGGAAGAGCCAUUUUGAAAUUCCACAACAUUGAUUAG